AUGAGCUACAUUGCCUCCCAUGAAAAGCUUGUGGAUCAGACAAUGGAUCAUUUUUUCAGGCGUUUGGAUGAGCUUUUCGUUGAUACUAAUGACGUUUGCGACUUGGGUACCUGGAUCCAGUAUUUCGCCUGGGAUGUGAUCGGAAAUCUCACCUUCUCCAAACCGCUAGGGUUUUUGGAGCUUGGUGGCGAUGUGGAGAAUAUAACUGAGAGUAUUGGAAAGUUUUUUGGUCUCAAUGGAAUGAUAACGCAAAUGCCUUGGUUGGACUACCUGUUCUUCAAAAAUCCUAUUCUCCGUAGGGUUAAAAACGAGAAGGCAAGUCCGGUUGUAACAUUUGCUAUGGCAAGAGCCAAAGAAAGGCUUGAAGAGCUUGAAAAGAAUAAGGCAGAGACAAUGAAUGAUAGAGAUUUCCUUUCCGGUUUUAUUAAUGCGAUGUCCAAAGAUCCUUCCAUUCCAAAGUCGGCCUUGGCUGCAUGGGCAACCUCCAACAUGACAGCUGGCAGCGACACGACCUCAAUUCUGACCCGAAGCGUGUUCUACCAGCUCUUAAAACACCCCGAAAAGCUCCAGUGUCUAUUAUACGAGCUUGACCAAGCGGAGCAAGAGGGUCGCCUAUCAGAAUAUGUGUCGUGGCAGGAAGCACAACAACUACCAUAUCUAGACGCUGUCAUCAAGGAAGCUGGACGCCUGCAUCCGCCAUUUGGACUUCAUCUAGAGCGCUAUGUGCCUCCUGAAGGUGCAAUCAUCUGUGGCACACAUUUACCAGGCGGUACAAUUGUGGGCACCAACUCAUGGGCCAUCCAUCGACGCGAGGAUACGUUCGGAAAGGACGCCGACGAGUUCAGGCCGGAACGAUGGCUGUGCGAUGAAGCAGAACGACGGAAAAUGGGACGCGCUAUCCUUACUUUUGGAGCCGGUCGUAGAGUCUGCCUGGGUAAGCAUAUAUCAAUUCUAGAGAUGUAUAAGCUUAUCCCCAGUGUUUUUCGGCGGUAUAAGCUUGAAUUUGCGGUGCCCAAUGGCCGCUCCUACCAUGUGCACAACGCAUGGUUCACACAUCAGACGGGCUUAGAUGUGAGAUUUGAGAAGCGGACAGCUAGCAAUUGA